AUGGAUCAUUUUAACAUCGAGAGUGUUAAUUCGGUAGUAGAUGGCGAUAGACUUUCUAGCCAGCCAAAUACGCGUAGCAUAAACGCUAAUAACACAAUAACAGAUAAUUGCUUGAUCAAGCGUUCCAGAUCGACAGAUAAUGUUUUCCUUGAAGCCAGCAACUGCGAGAGCACUUCUCGGAAACGAAGACAGCGUUGUGAUAAUCAUAGACGUGUUGGAUACGUUUAUUCAAGAGCGUACGCCGAUGUUGCCGCUUUGUUGCCUUCUAAUCAUGGUCGGAGCCUCCUUGUACAUUCACUGAUUGAGGUGUACGAUAUCUGGAACAGGGUCAUGUACGUUCCGGUAGAAGCAUUGUCUGUAAUUCAUUCAUAUUAUGUAUGGAGGGUUCCCAGAUGUUUAUCGCGUGACUUUCGUACGUGGUGUAGUAUUAUUUCGCCUUACGCGGCUACUGAUGAUGAACUGGCAGUGUUUCAUUCGAGCGACUUUGUUGAAUUUAUGCUCCAGGCAGAGAAAUACGACGAAAAUGUGAAACAGAACACAAUGUCUAUGCUUUGUACAUCAGAUGAAGAGUUUUCUUAUGAGGAAUUGCUUUCAGAUUAUGGUCUAGAGCAUGAUUGUCCAGUAUUCAAAGGUUUGGCGAAAUAUAUACGCUUGGUAGUCGGCUCAACAAUAGCCGCAGCACAGGCUCUCAACAAGGGAGAAGUUGAUGUUGCCAUUCAUUGGGAUGGAGGACGACAUCACGCGAAGAGGUCAUCAGCUCAGGGUUUCUGCUAUGUGAACGACGUGGUAAUUGGUAUAAUCGAACUGCGUAAAAAGUUUGAUAGAAUACUCUAUAUCGACCUCGACUUGCAUCAUGGAGAUGAAAGCGCAUUUUUAUACAGCGAUAAAAUCUUGACCUUGUCAUUUCACCAUUACGCUGCUGGAUUCUAUCCGGGUACAGGUAAACUGAACGACAUCGGCCAUGGUCUUGGUCUUUAUCAUACAAUCAACGUACCCCUCAGGCGGGGUUUGAAUGGAUCAUCGUUCCGUCGAGUAUUUUCCCAAGUAACAAAACAAACAUUUGAAGCCUUCAGGCCUGAUGCAAUUAUAAUUCAAUGCGGAUGCGAUGGUCUAGCCGGUGACCCGUCACGUGAAUGGAACUUGGACAUAGAUAACUUUGGUCAAUGUGUCCGUGAAGUCGUAGAAUGGGAUAAACCUACUCUAGUCCUUGGUGGAGGUGGAUAUAACCAUGCAAAUGCAGCACGCUGUAAUGCUUAUAUUACAAGUCUAUUAACAAACACACCGAUAUCUGAGGAUAUACCUGAACAUAAAUACUUUGAAGAGUACGGCCCCGAUUUCUCACUUCUGAUAGAUCCUGGAAAUCAACAAGAUGCAAACGAUGAAGAUUAUAUCGUAUCUAUCUUAUCCACUAUCAAAAAGUAUUUGGAGACAGUUAGAAGUAAAAGGGAAUCGUACCAUCAAAGGCACUUAUCAAAGUCAUAA